ACGAAGUGCUGUUUUAUCUUUAACUGAGAAUUUUCAGUGUGGACAUACUUGUUCGAGGUUGCGGUUAGCGUAGCAGGAAAUGAGUUUGUUUAAUUGCAUUAGUAAUCAGUGCCCUCUGGGCUCCAAUUUUGGGUCUUCAAACAAAUUGGGCGCCGUUCCCCAGCUGGGAGGAACACAGAGAAGAGAUAAAUCCAGAAAGAGUCGCUGCAUCACUGCGUAUUAUGGUUUAAAAAGCCCACCUUACAAACUAGAUGCUCUGGAACCAUAUAUGAGCCAGAAAACGCUCGAGGUACACUGGGGAGCUCACCAUCGUGGUUAUGUUGAAGCUCUUAACAAGCAUCUUGCAAAAAAUGAUGUACUGUAUGGAUAUACAAUGGAUGAGCUGAUCAAAGUGACAUAUAACAAUGGCAACCCGUGGCCUGAGUUCAACUCUGCAGCUCAGGUCUGGAAUCAUGACUUCUUUUGGGAAUCAAUGCAACCUGGAGGAGGUGAAAUGCCCACACUGGGCCUACUGCAGCAGAUAGAAAAGGACUUUGGUUCAUUUAUCAAUUUCAGAGAAAAGUUCGUAGAAGCAGCCCUUACAUCCUUCGGAUCUUGCUGGGUGUGGUUGGUUUUGAAAAGGGAGAAAAGAUGUCUUGCAAUAGUUAAAACAUCCAAUGCAAUUAAUCCUCUGGUCUGGAAUGACAUACCAAUAACUGGGUUGGAUGUGUGGGAGCACGCGUAUUAUUUGGAUUUCAAGAAUGAUAGAGCCAAAUACAUCAACACAUUUAUGGAUCACCUCAUAUCAUGGGAAGCAGCAGCAGCACGUAUGGCUCGUGCACAGUCUUUUGUAAAUCUAGGCGAACCCAAAAUCCCAGUUGCGUGAUACGCACCACCUUCGAUAGCAAAAACAGCCCCAGCAAUGGGACUUUGUCAUAAUCUGCCAUCUUUCCAAUGUUGGAACGAAUUCGUCGCCGAUCUGUCAGCAUGCUGCCGCUUGCUCAAACACGAGACGCUGAGGCAAUGCUGUGAUGGUGAUGAUUCCGUUGAUUGGAUAUUCAAAAUACUAAGAGAGAGGCGUUAGUUGCUAGAUAUUAAUGCUAGUGUUUAUGGUUGGUUAGUAGCCAUUGGGAAACUACUGAUCUUAUUAAGAUCUCUGGUUAUGUAAGCCUUUGUUCAUAUUUGCUGGGAAUUGAAGCAAUAUAAUUUACAUGCCUUUUUGUUCUA